GUGUCAUUAGAAAUUACAGUUUUCGUUUGUGAUUUUGUGUGGAACGUAAGAGGUUAUGGAGUAAAAUAUCAAUUUUAUUUAGUGUGUAGUGCUGUGAAUUGUUAUCCAAGAUGACUACGGAUACGAGAAGGGAUAGUUUAUCUUCCUAUAAAAUAUGCCGUUUUUGUUUAGCUCAAGGAGAUUCGCUAACAAGUAUUUACCAAAAACGAGCUACAAAAAAUAUCAUUCAUCUGCCACUAAAAAUAUUAUCAUGCGUCUCGAUAGAGGUCUUCCCAUCUGACAAAAUGCCAACAUAUAUUUGCAGCCGCUGCAAAUUUUUCAUGGAAUUAUGUUAUGACUUCAAACAUGUAUGUCGGCAAGCUGAUGAACAGAUCUUGCAGUAUGUGCAGAAUGCCACACCGUUGUCUGCCAUAUCCUGGCCACAAUCCCUAGUUAAAAUAUUUCGUUUAGCUAAUAAUAACAAAAUAGCUGAGGUGCCUCUGAUGAAAACUGUAAUAGAUGGAGGCACUACUGUUCAGGUCACUGCCCAAGAAUCUGACUCCGAUGAGGAAGAUGAUGAGAAUGUGUAUAAUGUAAAAAUUGGAGAUGGUACUGAAGAUGGGCCAAACAGUGCCAGAGUGAAGGUCGUAACAAGUGCUGACAAACAGGAGAAAGCAAAACAAAAACGUGGAGGGAAAGGUAAGUAAUAUAGAACAUUAUUUUCACGACUACUUUAUUUUAUAAGAACAGUUGUGCAAAAAUGUUCCCAACCACAAAAUACCUAAUUUAGAUAACUUUAUUGAUUCUUAAAAGCUGACUAAAUGUUAAUCAAAUUCUUUGAUCAUGGUCCACCUUAAAGCCUACUAAGGAGGGGUAUUUCUUAUAUACCAAUAUUAUAA